UUGAAGAAAACAAGUGCUGUUGUUUAAUGUGCGUGUCGAUUUAUGUAUUUAUUAAAUUAAAGGAAAAUAAGUUAAUAAAAUAACUUAAAAGUUAAGUUAAAAGUGAAUGUGAUAUAAAGAUUUAGUGUGGACUAAAAGUGCACGAGAUUAUUGCGAGUAAAGCACUUUUAUCGUGUUUUUAUGCCGAAAGCCAGGGAAUCGGUCGCAGACAUAUCGGGCAAAAGUUAGAAUAAAUAAAAAAGAAAUUAAGCGUAAUAAAAAUUACUAGAAUUAAAAUAGCAAGUGUAUAUGCUUCACAACUAAACAGUGGAAUCCAAAAAUAAACUCUUAAAGUCAAUAUCGGUGUCAAAAAGCAGCAGCGCGGAGCGUGUGUUUGUGUGUAUAGCAACCAAAUAAGUGCCACCAAAUAGCAGCACAUUAUCUAAGGAAUCUACAGCAGAGAACAUGGCGAGCGAAAUCGAUGACCUAAUAGAGAAACUAAAGUCGACUUCGGUGAGUUCAACAAACACCACCGAUAGUGACAGCAAUGCCAACACCAACAGCUUACUCAGCCAAAUAUCCGCUACAAAAGAUCCAAAAUUGUUUGACAAACAUGAGUUGGCCGAUCUUUUCAUGGCUUUGGCACAAUCAGAGGAAUUGAAUAUCCGUAAGGAGGCUGCCAAAUGCAUUGCCGAAAUCACAAAAUCCGAAGUGCAACGCAAAAAAUUCACAAAACGUGAUAUUAUCGAAGUGUUUUUGAAUUGUCUGCGUGAUUUACCGGCCGGUGAGAAUAUGGAAUUGCCCAUACAAAUUUGUCGAGCGCUCGGUAAUAUUUGUUACUUGAACGAUGAGGCGCGUGACAUCAUUCUGGAUUUGCACGGUGAUGAAGUACUGCUGCGACUACUCGACAUAACGGAAAUUGGUGACACUGAGAAUGCGUUACAAUUCAUUAAAGUACGUGGUGGUCUACUUUCUAAUUAUUUACUCGGUGGAGAGGGCUUAGCUAAACGCGCUAUGGAUUUACAAAUAAUGCAGAAAUUACAACAGAUCAUAACCGUCGGUGUGGCUAAUGUUGAAGAACAUGAAGAUUUGUUGUUGAAUACUUUGCCUUUGCUGAGCAUACUCACCGAGAAUGUGGCCGAUUUAAAUUUCGAUGCGAAUCUUAAUAUUCAGUUAUCGCAUAUUUUGGCUGCCUCCACAAAUCCCGAUCUAGCGGAAAUGUGCCUUGAACUUUUGCACUAUCAGGCGGAGAAUGAUGAUGUGAAAUUGCUAUUGGCAAAAGAUGGACUCUGCGAGACGAUCUACAAUCUGCUUGAGAAAUAUAAGACUUUGGCGAGUACUAGCGAGGCGCGUGCACUAAUGAAGCUGGCAUGCGAAUUGAUUGUGUUGAUACUCACAGGAGAUGAAUCAAUGCAUUAUCUUUACUCCACACCGCUUCUGAAGAGUAUGGAGGAUUGGCUCGACUCACAGGAUAUCGAUCUUCUCACCACCGGAGUGCUUGCUUUGGGCAAUUUCGCACGUACCGACAGCCACUGCAUUUAUAUGGUAGAAAAUAAAGUAAUGAACAAAUUGCUCGAUGUGUUGGCCAAGAACAAUGGCGUUAAAGAUGACGUGCGUCUGCAGCAUGCACUUCUGAGUGCACUACGAAAUCUUGUCAUACCAAAACCAAACAAAAACGCUGUCAUACAAGCUGGACUUGUUGAAACUAUACUGCCGAUGUUGGAGAUACAUCAACCACCAGUAGUUUUCAAGCUGUUGGGUACAUUGCGCAUGACAGUAGACGGUCAAGAAAAACUCGCCUUGGAACUGCUGCGCAAUAAAACGCUUAUCGAGCAACUAGUGCACUGGAGCAAAUCUUCGGAUUAUGCUGGUGUCACAGGUGAAUCGCUACGGCUAAUGGCUUGGCUUAUCAAACAUGCCUACUUGGGUAGAAUUGCCUACGCGCUGCCACGCAAGGGUGACGCACCUGUUGAACAAUUCGCUGACAAACUGCCACCGGAGGACUACGAUCGCAGCAGCUUAAAGGCGUUUAUUGCCAAUGAGGGCACCGUUGAGGCUAUGAUCAACAUGUUGACAUCACAACAUUUAGUCAUGCAGAAUGAAGCGCUAAUUGCCUUAUGUAUACUGUGUGUGGUCUAUUUGACGAAUAGCAGUGCUGCUAAAGAGGAUGGUGUUGACUUGGAAGAGAGCUACAUCAAAUAUGAAGUUGGCAAAAAAUUAGCUGAGCUAAUACGUAAAUCAUCAGAUACAAUGACUAAGGAGAUUGUGGAAAAUCUGCAAAAUUUCAAUAAUCUGCUGCGCACAUCUGGCAAGUUAGUGACGCAUCUAGAGGAAAACAAUAUCAAUGAAUUGCUGAAGUCCAUACCGAUACUAACCGAGUACUGCACACUCUAAAAGGAUGCACACUGCAUGCAGGCGAAUACAGUCGGGGGAGGUGGGAUUGUCAGUUAGGGAACUGGCGAAACAUAUUUUGAUAGAAGGCUUAAAAUACGGAUGCGGGUCGAUGGAGAGAUAAAUUUUUACUUAGGGAAAAGUGUUGGCAAAUGCACAUUGUUGAAAUUGUUGAAAAAGAGGGGAAAUUAAUAUACAUAUAAUACAUUUGAUUAUUUCCAUUUACUUUAAAACACACAAAUAUACAUAAUAAAAUUUAUAGAUACUUCGACACUAAGCAUAAAAGUAACCACGUGAGGAAGGUUGUGAGUGCGGGAAGCGAAGAAGGUUACGAAGGCAGCGAUCGAUUACGCAUUUUAACAGUUUACGCAUAUUUUUUAGUGUUGUGACCAUUUACAUGCAUGCAUAUAUACUCACAAAACUAUUUAUAUUCAUAAAAAUAAUUAGUGCAAUUUAAUAACAGAUUUCAAUAACAUACAUUACUUUUGACAAACGGCGUAUUGCAGGAGUUACAUAAAGAAUGGCUUUCCUUUGACAAUCAAGAAAGGCUGGAAUUUGUGCACGAUGGUUGAUAGGUGGGAAGGCCUUGCGGUCGACUUUUAUCAAAAAUUAUAGAAAUUUUCUAAACAGUGCUUUUUAUGCGGUGUAUAAUGGAAAUUAAAAAAAAACGCAAGGAAAGUUCUCAUCUAUCUAGUUUUUGAAUAAUUUGAAAGUCCUCUUGAAAAACGAAAUUUCUGCUUAAAACGAAACAGUUUACAAACGAAUGCCGGGAUCUCAUAGGUCAAAUGCAGAGUUAGAACCUGGAAAUGCAUGGGUACUUCAAAACUCAAAAUAUACUGUAUCCCGGAAUUAGAUGAUUUCUUCAAAAAGCCUAGCACAAAGAUGGCGCUAAUUUUAAUAUUUUCUUCAUUCGUUCCAACAAUCGAAGCCCAAACACUGCUAUACCCUUUUGUAUACAAUGGGAGAAAACAGUUGUUGUUGUUGUUGUAGCAUCAUAAAUAUUCCCCAUACUUACAUACGGGGAAUGUUGCUGGAAUGACAGUCCUUGGCCGGAUAUAAAUCCGGCUCGUUUCGGUAACGUAGAACCGACUUUCAUGGAAACGGGGAGGAAACCAGUCGUUGAGCAUGGUCCUAUAUCAGUUGUUAUUCUUGCUGUAACUGCAUAAAACAACCCACAGAAAAUGUUAGGAGAAUUCUGCUUGAAGAGCUGCCCUUGGCAAGGUAUAAAUUCGGGUCGUUUCGGCCACCCUAAUGUUGCUCCAAAUUUAUCACAAAGUGACCAAACCAGAAUAAUGUUGAUAAGAAAUACCCUAAAUUAGAAAAACAAUCCCUUUUCGGCAAAACUAAUUUCUAUGCUGAUCGGGUGCAAGUAUUCCCAUUAUGAAAUGAAAUACCCGCACACAUACAUAACACUGAAUAGAAAGCCGGCAGUUACAGACAGACUUUUCAAGAGACAUUCACGGAGAAUCCCUCACCGCCUUUAUGAACUCUCGCUCACCGUUUGCCCAACGGAGUCCAACAAUCACGCAUCGCAAUCGACGUGCUGCCGCUACUUCGUUACACCCGAGUUGUGCUGGUUUGUUGCAUAGUUGUAGGUUGAACUCUUACUUAUCCAGAAUUGGCCCCGACAUACUCUACAUUCAUAGGUCCGACAUGUUAAGCUACCAAACGUGAUACCAACUCCCUCUUCACAUGCAUCCACGCAAUUAAUACUGGUUUCCCUCUGGUCUCAGCCUGUCGAAACAGCCGGUAUCUGUCCGGAGGUGGCAUGCAUUAUAUAUUUAAUAGCUUUCAUUUCCAGGAGAAAAAAUCUCAUUCUACUAUGAUACUAUUCUGGUUUUAUUGGCGACAAAUCUAACUUAUGAUAAUUGAUGUAUGAUAAAUGUGCAGUAAAUUUUCCGGUAACUUAAUUCGCUUCAUUUACCAAAAAUAAUGUACAAAUUUCACCUAUUCUGGUUGUCGAAGCUGAACUGUUCUUUAUUAUUGUCGAAAUUUGCACAAAAAACGCUUUCACUUAUUUUACUAAUGCAUAGAAACCAUUUAUUACAGUUUAUUACGUCUACACUCAGGUGGCUCAGAAAUAAAGUCACCUGCACUCCCACAAAUUACUUUAAACAAUAAACAAUAUAUUGUGAGUUUUAUUUAAUAUAUACAAGCAUACACUUACAUAAGGAUAUUUAAAAGUUUAAUGUCGCACAUUAGUUUGUAAGUAGGAAGUAUGGAUCUAAUAAUGUUGAGAAGUCGUAGUGUAGUUGCACAUGCACUAGAACAACGAUUUGCAGUCAGACUUGUAGUUUUUAGUGAUAAUGUUUACAAUAUACAUAUAUAUACAUACGUACACAUAAAAUAUUUAAAAGUUGAAAAGUAAUUUAGCAAGAAAAAGGUAUCAUGCAAUUCCAGACCUCAAUCAGCAAUACACUUUUUUCACAGUAGACAGUUUUAAUACUACAGAGUUCAUAGGCGGGCAUCUAAAUACAUUUUCUUAAGCAAAAUUUUAAAGGUAUAAGUGGACUGUUGGUAAAUAUUUAAACCGCAAAUUGUUGGGUAAACAUUUAAGGACACUGAAAAUUUAAAAUUGUUUUCGCCUACUAAAUAAUUCCAAUAAUACAUACAAAAAAUUUAUACGUACUAAAUAAAUUUCUUAAUAUUUAUAAGAUAAACUUCUAAUUUAAAAUUUUACAACCUAUUGAUUGAAGCUUUUUCAAGUUAGUCUUUCGAAUAGUUGCAUUUUUCUUAAAGAACUCUACUUAAAAUAUUGUAUUAAAAAUAUCCGAAUUUUCAUUCAAUGUAAUAAGUUAUAAUUUUUUGUUUGUUUGUUUGCUAAAAUCUAUUUUUACUUGUGUAAUUUUAAAACGCACACAUACAUACAUAUAUUUUUAGUAAUUUCAAAAGUAUUAAUUAUUUAUUGUAAUAUAAAAAAACUAUUUGUAUUUGAAAUAUGUUUAUAAAAGCACGAAAUGUAAGGCACAUAAAUUGCGGUAAACUACAUAACCUCACUUAAAAACGCUUUCAUAAAAUGGAAACUUUUUGAAAUAAUUAAAAGGGCUAAAAUCGAUAAACCAUACGUUACUAAAGAAAUAUUAAGCGUGCACCGUUACAUACUUACAUACAUACAUAUAUACACAAUCUUAAAGGUAAAAUAAAAUGGAAGUAGCAAAGUAGUAAAUAAAAAUAAACCAAGUAGCAGCUGUGAAACACUAAACUCCAAUUUGAAAACAAUCAGCACAGCAGCAAACAGAAGUUGGUUAAAUAUUUUAAAAACCAAUUUUAAAAUUGCACCAUUUCUUUUAUUUAAUGCUUUGAUUAUAAAAACAUGUAACUGGAAAUACAUACACACGCAUGCAUUAUAUAAACGUGUAUGUAUAUUUCAUUAUGAUACAUUAAGAAAUAGUUAUAAAAGAAUGUAUUAAAGCCAGUUAAAAGCAUUUAUAUAUAGAAAUUGUGAAUAUAUAUACAAACAAUUAAACUCUUUUUUGGAUAAAGAAAAAUAUUCCGGAACACGCAAAUAAUAUGCAAUUCAAAUAAAAUUUGAAAAUAUUAAAAAUUAUUAAUUUUAAGUGAAGAAGUAAAAUUGCAUUCAAGAAAUAAAUUUAGGUUAAGCAAUACAAUUUUGUUGAAACUGCUCUAACACCACAAUAAAUCACCAUGAAAUUCAAAAGUCUAUAAA